AUGUUCGACUGGAGUCUGGUUGUCCCUGGAUAUGCUGCUGCACCGUCCCAAGGGGACCGGUCUAGCUCAUCAAUUGACGAUGACAGAUUAUUAGAGGAUUCUUCACUACUAAGCAGAAUAGACCAAAAGCUUGGAUCCAUUUUUACACCUGCAACCAUUGAGGCUGUUCAAGAGUCGUGUCCUUUUGUUGCGGCUAGAAAUGGAAUCAUCGGAUUUGGCUUUGGCGGAAUAUUGGGUCUAUUCAUGUCGGGCAUGGGCUCUCCCCCGCUCGACGCCACAGGUGCAACAGCACCGGUGACCGUUCGAUCUGUGCUACAAGAAAUGUCCUCCAAAACAUGGUCGUCUGCAAAGAAUUUGGGCAAAGUAGCUGUUAUUUUUUCGACGACCGAAUGCAUCAUUGAAGGAGUAUUUGAUACCAUCACUAAGCUUGAGUAG